AUGGCAGCACUUCAAGGUCAUCAAGCCGUCGCGGCUCUGCUAGAUUUCAAUCGAAAACUAGACAUCAAUCUGUUAGAUAGUGUGGUUGUAAGUAUGUAUGCAGGAAACGGUGAGACACAGAGGGUUGCACAAGAAGUUUUAACCGCUUUAAAAGAACAUCCAGAUGCAUGGACGAGAGUCGAUACAAUUUUAGAAUAUUCUACGAAUUCAGAAACAAAGUACUACGCCCUACAGAUCUUGGAGCAAGUGAUUAAAACGCGAUGGAAAGUAUUGCCUAGGAAUCAGUGUGAAGGCAUAAAAAAAUACAUUGUUUCUUUGAUCAUAAAAACGAGUUCUGAUCCAGAAGUAUUAGAAGCAAACAGAACCUAUCUCAAUAAGUUAAAUAUGAUAUUAGUACAAGUUUUGAAGAGAGAAUGGCCUAAAAAUUGGGAAAGUUUCAUUCCCGAUAUCGUCGGGGCGAGCAAGACUAAUGAAAGUUUAUGUCAGAACAAUAUGAUUAUUUUAAAACUUCUAAGUGAAGAAUUGUUUGAUUUUUCUUCCGGUCAAAUAACCCAAACUAAAGCUAAACAUUUGAAAGAUACCAUGUGUUCUGAAUUUUCAGCAAUCUUUCAUUUAUGUCAGUUUGUACUUGAAAGUUCCCAAAAUCCCCCUCUUGUUAACGCUACUUUAGAAACCUUAUUAAGAUUCUUAAACUGGAUACCUCUUGGGUACAUAUUCGAAACUAGUUUAAUUAAUACAUUGAUUUUUAAAUUCCUUACUGUUCCAAUGUUCCGAAACGUCACUUUAAAAUGUCUAACAGAAAUCGCCGGAGUUACAGUCAGCAAUUACGACGAUAUGUUCGUCGUUUUAUUUACACAAACGAUGACGCAAUUAGAGAUGAUGUUACCCAUUCAAACGGAUAUCAAAUCAGCUUACGCUUGCGGGCAAGACCAAGAGCAAAAUUUCAUUCAAAAUCUGGCGUUAUUCCUUUGCACGUUUCUAAAAGAACACGGCAGCAUCGCCGAAAACCAUUUCAACACAUUGGGAAAAGCCCUGAGGUAUCUCGUGCUUAUUUCCGAAGUGGAGGAAGUAGAAAUUUUUAAAAUUUGUCUUGAAUAUUGGAACAAUCUGGCGUCUCAGUUGUACCAAGAGGUGCCGCACGGUCGGCCCAUAUUCAUCGGCAAAGGAAAGGAUUAUUGCAAUUUUUACCAAGAUUUGUACAAGGAAGUUCUUAAUAAAGUUAGAUACAUUAUGAUAUCUCGAAUGGCGAAACCAGAAGAAGUGUUAGUGGUUGAAAACGACAAUGGGGAGGUAGUAAGGGAGUUCAUGAAAGAUACCGAUUCGAUUAAUUUAUACAAGAAUAUGAGAGAAACGCUCGUAUAUCUCACCCAUUUAGAUUGUACGGACACAGAACGAAUAAUGACUAACAAAUUACAGAAUCAAGUGAAUGGAACUGAAUGGUCUUGGAAGAAUCUGAACACGCUUUGUUGGGCGAUCGGCAGUAUAUCGGGAGCGAUGCACGAAGAAGAUGAAAAACGAUUUCUGGUUACGGUUAUAAAGGACCUUCUAGGCCUCUGCGAACAGAAACGCGGAAAGGACAAUAAAGCGAUAAUUGCCUCAAAUAUUAUGUACGUCGUCGGUCAGUACCCGAGGUUUCUCAGAGCUCAUUGGAAAUUUUUGAAAACCGUUGUAAAUAAAUUGUUCGAAUUUAUGCACGAAACUCACGAUGGAGUUCAAGAUAUGGCAUGUGAUACUUUUAUUAAGAUAGCUUUGAAGUGUAGGAGGCAUUUCGUUACGACGCAAAUCGGAGAAGCGUGUCCGUUCAUCGAGGAGAUUCUCGCUUCCAUUUCCACCAUUAUCUGCGAUUUGCAGCAACAACAGGUCCACACUUUUUACGAAGCCGUUGGUUAUAUGAUUUCGGCGCAAGUUGAUACGGCUGCGCAGGAGUCGCUUAUCGAGAAAUACAUGUUAUUACCCAAUCAGGUGUGGGACGACAUUAUCAGUCAAGCCAGCAAAAACGUUGAUUUCUUGAAAGAAAUUGAAAUCGUUAAGCAACUGGCGAGCAUAUUAAAAACAAAUGUCAGAGCAUGCAAGGCGUUAAGUCAUGCUUAUGUUCUUCAAUUGGGACGAAUAUAUUUGGACAUGUUAAAUGUUUAUAAAGUCAUGUCCGAAAACAUAGCGGCAGCAAUCCAAUUGAACGGCGAGGCUGUAAUGAAGCAACCGCUCAUCAAAUCGAUGAGGGCCGUCAAAAAAGAAACUCUCAAAUUGAUCUCCGAUUGGAUAUCACGAUCCACCGACAACGCCAUGGUGCUCGAUAGUUUUAUACCGCCGUUUUUGGACGCCGUACUUUUGGACUAUCAAAGGACUCCCGUCCCAGUAGCCAGAGAACCGGAAGUAUUGAGCUCCAUAGCGACGAUCGUAAACAGGCUCGAGGGGCACAUCACAUUGGAGGUCCCAAAAAUCUUCGACGCGGUCUUCGAAUGCACUCUCGACAUGAUCAACAAGGACUUCGAGGAAUAUCCGGAACACCGCACCAAUUUCUUCUUACUCCUUCAAGCGGUUAACAAUCACUGUUUCGCCGCUUUGCUCAACAUCCCGCCUACCCAAUUCAAGCUUGUCUUGGACAGCAUCAUUUGGGCUUUUAAACACACGAUGCGAAACGUGGCCGACAUCGGUCUUCAGAUCCUUUUGAAGCUGUUACAGAAUAUCGAACAACACGAAGCGGCGGCGCCGAGUUUUUACCAAACUUACUUGACUGAUAUUUUGCAGCACAUUUUCUCCGUGGUGACGGAUACUUCGCAUUCGUCCGGGUUGUCGAUGCACGCUUCCAUUUUGGCGUACAUAUUUUCGUUGAUCGAGAUAGGAGGGGUUAACUGUCAGUUGGGCCCGAGGCCUGAUAACGUUUUGUAUAUCCAAGAAUUUACCGCUACGUUGCUGAAGUCCGCUUUCCCGCAUCUCACGGAUAACCAGAUUAAGAUCACCGUUCAAGGAAUGUUUAAUUUGGAUCAGGAUAUACCGCAGUUCAAAGAGCAUUUAAGAGAUUUCCUUGUACAAAUUAGGGAAUUCACUGGCGAAGACGAUACAGAUUUGUUCUUGGAAGAACGAGAGAGGGCUCUAGAGGCCGCGCAGGCGGAGAAACGACGUAUCGAAAUGUCAGUGCCGGGCAUCCUCAAUCCGCACGAGGUACCCGAGGAAAUGCAGGACUAG